AUGUUUCUUCAAUUUUCUUUUAUUUUGCUUCUACCCUUCCUUCGCUUAAUUCAUAUUAAUAUUCUUUUCUCAGUGUAUUCUCCUAAACUCUUCUUCCUUUUUAACGAUUCACACGUAUUUCUUUUCCUCGUUCUCACCAGCCCAGGUUUAAUUGUUCCUAUCAAGUUUUCGGUUGGUCUUUUAUUAUUAUUUCCCAGAGCGAGGAUAAAGUUAGUUAAUCAACCAGGUGAUUUCUGUUCGACAAAAUGGCGAUUGCUUCCUUCUUUCGUUUGCGAACUCUCCUCCUUUACAAUUGCACAGUUCUUGCAAUUUUUUUCUUUAUUCUCAUUUAUAUUGUUCUGUUUUUCGUUCACAUCUUUCUAUUCGCUGAAUUCUUCAUUUUGCCCCGAAAUAAUUAUGGUGGUAUCUUUCUUCACUUCUAUCUAUCGAUCGAUCUAUCUAUCUAUCUAUCUAUCUAUCUACCUUGUCAAUUCCCCACUUUCUCUUUCAUUCUUGCCACCCACUUACAUUUUCACUUACUUCUUCUCGCUAAAUAAUAUCUAUCUCACUUACUUCAGUCUGUCAUCUAUCAUCUAUCUAUCUAUCUAUCUAUCUAUCUAUCUAUCUAUCUAUCUAUCUAACAGCGUUCCGUUCAGCGCGUUAUUCCUCUUUGCUUUUCUUUGUGCGUUGAUCGAUUGUACAACUCCUUUUCUAUCCACUGCACUCCCAGCAUGCCCUUUUCUUUUGUUCUCGCCCUUGAACCCUCAAUUUUCUUUGCUCUUUCUCUAUUUAUCCAUUGUUCAUUUUAUGCGUCACUUUUCGCUUAUAUGA